UCAAAAUACAGGGGCAUCACAGGCGGCUCCCAAAAUUAGCUCCCGCCUCCCACAAGGCCCUGCCGUGUACAUGUUUCCUCGUGAUCUUGAACCUGUACACCGACUUCCUCCUUUCAGAAAUGUCGGUCGGCGCUUCCAGCAGUGAUUUAUAUACCUGCGAGCCCGCCACUUGGUCGUGUGCGGUGCAAACAUACUGACGGAGGAAGGGAAUCUGCUUUUGUAUUGGAGCGUCCUAAGCCCGCUUUACUGUCGAUGGGGCCUGGCGGCAUCCCGACCAUUUCACCUUUCGCCGUCUGGGAAAGGGCACCGCGUGUGCGGUUCAAGUCCUGGGAAGCGACGGUGUGUUGCUGUGAUCAACAGACCUGUCGCUGACGGCGAGAAGACCCUUUGGAAAACGCUGCGGACGCUGUCUGUCCGUCCGUCCGUCCCUCCCUCCCUCCCUCCCUCCCUCCCAACGUUGUGCGUGUGUGUUUGCGCCAGGUCCGCCGCGCCUGCCUGACGCUAACUCGCUCCUCGGCUAGUCGCCCUAAAUAGCAGCUGGCCCGGCAUGGAGCGAGCGGCAACGACGACGACACCGGCUUUGGAGAAGACGUUACCAGUGAGCAAUGGCUUCCAGACUCAGGAAGCAGGCCCCAUCCAGUCUCUGGAUAUUAAGAAAUCAGCGUUGGAAGCCAAGGUUGUAGGGCAAGAGGCCAAAGACCUGGCUACAGAUGGCAGAGAUCCAGAGCUGAAUAUGAUCAAUGUGAUGUCAGAUGGCAGGACCAUGAAUAGAGGUCCCAAAGCUGUUGCGCUGGAUGCCAGGACUGCAAAUCAGGAUGGCAAAGUAACAGCUGUGGAUGUAGUUGCUACAGAAUCAGAUGUUAAGACUGCAGUUGCAGAGACCAAAGAACUGGAUGCAGCUGACAACAAUGGUGGACCACAGGCCACAGUGACAGAUAGCAGGCAAGCAGAGCCAGAGGGCAAGGAUGUGAUGCCAAGAGGUGGGAGUGAGGGCUGGAAUGCCAAUGUACCCAUCCUGAAUGUUAAAGAUGCAGGUCAACAAAGCAAAGUCACACUUCUGGAUACCAAACCAUCAGCAUCAGAGGUCACCAAUCCAGAAGAAAACAAAGAAGAUGAUGCUGAAAUAAUUUCUCUCGACUGUGAAAUUCUGGGGUUUGGUCCUGAUACUGAUUUGCUGGGCCCUGAUGCUGAAACUUACAUGCAUUUCAUGCGGAGCCACCGCUGUUACGAUGCCAUUCCCACCAGCUCCAAACUGGUAGUUUUUGAAACCACCUUGCAGAUUAAGAAGGCCUUCUUGGCCAUGGUGGCCAAUGGGGUGCGAGCCGCCCCUCUCUGGGACAGCAAGCAGCAGUGUUUUGUGGGUAUGCUGACUAUCACUGACUUCAUUAACAUCCUACAUCGCUAUUACCGAUCCCCUCUGGUUCAGAUAUACGAGAUUGAAGAACACAAAAUUGAAACAUGGAGAGGGCAACAGUUCCGUAUGCUAUUCAGCUGCUUUCCUUUCUCCCCAGAGGUGUAUUUGCAAGGUUCCUUCAAACCCUUGGUAUACAUCUCCCCGAAUGGUAGCCUCUUUGAUGCUGUUUAUUCCUUGAUUAAGAACAAGAUCCAUCGGCUGCCAGUUAUUGAGCCCAUCUCAGGGAAUGUCCUUCACAUUCUGACGCACAAGCGUAUCCUCAAGUUCCUGCAUAUCUUCGGGGCCAUGCUUCCGAAGCCACGAUUCCUCCAGAAAACCAUCCUGGAACUAGGCAUAGGCACUUUCCGUGAUGUUGCAAUGGUGCUGGAGUCAGCUCCUGUCUACUCAGCUUUGGAGAUUUUUGUGGACCGCAGGGUCUCAGCAUUGCCUGUCAUUAAUGAAAAAGGGAUGGUGGUUGGUCUCUACUCCCGCUUUGAUGUGAUUCACUUGGCUGCCCAGAAGUCCUACAAUAACCUGGACAUUAGCGUGGGGGAAGCACUGAGGCAGCGCUUAGUCUGCCUGGAAGGGGUGCUCACAUGCCAUCCUCGUGACACUAUGGAAGACAUCAUUGAUCGCAUCGCCAAGGAGCAGGUCCAUCGUCUGGUUCUGGUGGAUGAGAAGACAACCCCACGGGGGAUCGUGUCCCUCUCUGACAUUCUCCAAGCCCUGGUGCUCACGCCUGCAGGCAUUGACCGCCAUUCAAACUGAUGUUAAAGACCACUUGCUACUCAGCACCUUGGGCUACCGCCACAGCAUCUAUGACACACAGGAGUAAGGUGGGGCUCUCCAACCCAUGAAAAGAGAGAGACAUUUUCCCUUAACAGGCAGUGCUGAUGCUUUGGCUGCCAGUUACUCCCUCCCAUAAUACUGGAAAAAGGUGAGAGAAGCAAUAACAAAGGAGGUCCUGGACUUCAAAACUGUAAAUAGAUUUUCAACGCCUGAAAUCUACUACAUUAUACAAGCAGCCUCGCUAGAGGUGGUGAGAAAGCUGGCCCUGGCUGAACAUUGCAUCUGUUGCUUGUUUCCUCCCCUAGCUCCUGCUGCCUGUAGGAGAUACUAUCACAUACAAAAAUCCAAUUUACUUCAAGGCCUGUAGCAGAUGCUUUUGGCUGAACGGAGAAGGUGAUGGCUACUGCUUCAGACUAAUGGACAAUAAAGAAGGCUCAUUACACUCACAAGAGGAUGACAGAAUAGAAGCCAGAGGCUGCACAGUAGAAGUGUAUUGGUCCUAAUUUAAAGCCAGGCUCUUUGGCUUCAACAGGGAGAAAGAAUUUCCCCAUUAGACCACAUUGCUUUGGAGAAAAGGCAGAAUUUUCCUUAACUGUUGCCUCCAACACAAGACUGAACACUUAGCAGGCUACUGCAUUAUUUUUUAUUGUUGUGAUUUUUCAUUGUACUUGAGCCAGCAACAAGGUGUGAGAUCUGCCUGGCCUAAGCAAGAGAAAAGCAAUUUAAGAGGGAGUUUUGAAGUUGAUGGAAGGUUAACCGCCUUCUUUCAAAUAUAUCCUGUUGCAGAACAUUACAGCAUCUCUUUCCCUCAUCAUUAGGAGAUGAUAGAAUGUGCCUAACUCAGUCCACCAUUUUCCUGUAGUUGACAACAAGCAACUUACAAUCUUUCUGCUUAAGCCUAAAGGAACAACCAAGGCAUUUACUCUUAAGCACCCGUAACAGCAAUUUGCUAGGAGCAUUUUUCCAGUAGACUUGGUGAGGAAGGUGUCACUACAGGAAAGUGUGCAAUUUCACUUCUUGUUGCUGCUAUGUUCAUUGAAAUAAAUUUUCAUAUUAAGACACAAACUAUACACUUUAUAAUAAACCAGCAUUAUUACCUUUCUUUGUUAGCAUAAGGCGCUUGGAUAUUCCAGGAAGAAGGCUACUAGGGACAGUUACAGCACCUUCUUUUCUUUCAACAUACAUCUCAUAUCCCAUUCCAGGCCUUAGUGGGACAGUUAGCGGUAUCUUCUUGCUUCCGUAUUCAGUUGGUGUUGCUAUUACAUUUAAGGAAGGAGCAAUAUGUUUCCAGGGCAAAGGCAGCCAAUGCAGUGCCCUUCAAAUGUCUUGGGCUAUGAUUCCUCUCAGCCCUAGUGAACAUGGUCAGCAGUCAGGGAUGAUGGGAACUGUAGUCCAAAACAUCUACUAGAGGGCACCAGAUUGGCCACCCCCCUACUCCAAGAAGAAGAAAACUAGCAAGGGCUUGAAUCAAAGUGCAGAGAGGAAGGCAUGAAGAGCAAUAGGACUCACAGGGAUGGGGAAGGGAAGGGGGAGAGAAAGACUUCUGGGUGGACUUCCUUGAGUGAUAAAUAAAUAGUAAGCAAGCCAGUCACAUAAUGAAGUUAUGAUCUGGAUUAGGAUCUUCAUGUUCAAGCCUUCUGAAG